AUGGCAACCGCAGCGCCCUCCCCGCCGGUCUCCACGGCAACGGCAAGGCCGGCAACCGGCUCGGGAUUCCGCGUGGCGUUUCCUCUCCGCACGGAUUACAUGUUCGCUCGGCUGCGGGCGCCCGUUCGCAGCCCCCUGCGGGCGCUCUCCGCCUGCCUCUGGCUGCGCCCGGGGGGAGCCCCCAAUUUGGGGACCCCCUUUUCCUACGCGGCCCCCGGGCAGCCCAACGAGCUGUCUCCCCGUCAGGCGGCGGCGCUGGCGCUGGCCCCGGCCCCGGGCAGGUGGCAACACCUGUGCGUCACCUGGGCGGCCUCCGGUGGUACCUGGAGCAGCUUCCAGGACGGGACCCCCCGCGGGAGGGGGGAGGGGCUGGCCCCGGGCCACCCCCUGAGACCCCACGGGGUCCUGGUGUUGGGACAGGAACAGGACUCCCUCGGGGGUCGUUUUGACGCCACCCAGGCGUUCGUGGGCGAAUUGGCCGAGUUCCACCUGUGGAGCCGCGCGCUGGCCCCGCCCGAGGUGGCGGCGCUGGCCAGGUGUGCGUCACCCGCCCGCGGGGACCUGCUGGCCUGGGCCAGGGCGGGGCUGGAGCUGCACGGGGGCGUCACCGCCCGGCCCUUCCGGCCCUGCAGCUGAGACAA